AUGAAUAACACUGGAGGUAUUGUUGGUGGAGUUGGUUCUUACGAUGCCAAAAUUGCUGGAUUAUAUGACUUGCUGGAUACUCUAGGAUCUGGUCAUUUUGCUGUGGUGAAGUUAGCCAGACACGUAUUCACUGGGGAGAAAGUGGCUGUAAAAGUUAUAGAUAAGAGCAAGUUGGAUGAAGUUUCAAAAUCACAUUUAUUUCAGGAGGUUCGAUGUAUGAAAUUAGUACAGCAUCCAAAUGUUGUAAGGCUCUACGAAGUAAUAGACACACAAACCAAGCUUUAUUUGAUAUUAGAGCUAGGUGACGGAGGAGAUUUAUAUGACUAUAUCAUGAGGCAUGAAUCUGGUUUAUCAGAAUCUCUUGCUCGUGACUACUUUCGCCAAAUUGUUCGUGCAAUCUCAUAUUGCCAUAGAUUACAUGUUGUGCAUCGGGAUUUGAAACCUGAGAAUGUAGUGUUUUUUGAAAAGUUAGGUGUAGUGAAAUUGACUGAUUUUGGUUUUAGUAAUAAGUUUUGUCCAGGACAAAAACUAGAAACUUCCUGUGGUUCUUUAGCUUAUUCAGCACCAGAAAUACUGCUUGGAGAUUCUUAUGAUGCACCUGCAGUAGACGUGUGGUCACUUGGUGUUAUUCUUUACAUGUUGGUAUGUGGUCAAGCACCAUUCCAAGAAGCUAACGAUAGUGAAACUUUGACUAUGAUAAUGGACUGUAAAUAUACUAUACCACCGAAUAUCUCAAACUCAUGUAAAAGGUUAAUAGGAAGAAUGUUAGUUAGAGAGCCAGAAAAACGAGCUACCUUAUCAGAAAUUGCCGCUGAUCCCUGGGUAACCGCUGGGGAAGGAGUGACAGUAGAAGACUUUGAUGCUCCUUUAGUUACAAAACAGGAUUUAACUGAAGAAGAUCGUCAAUCCAUCAUUCAAAUAAUGGUAGAUGGAGAUAUAGCAUCAAAGGAAGGAAUUAUAGAGGAAUUAGAAAAAAAUGAAUACAAUCACAUAACUGCUACAUAUUACCUGCUUGCCGAGAGACAACUUAGAUCGAAAAGGCAAGAAGCGAGGCAAAAUGUCCGGCGACCUGAAGCACUGGGCGUGUCUCGUGGGCGUGGCCUACUCGCCCCACCUCAAUUGCCUUCUGCGCCGCGGACGCCACAGGAUGCUCCAGCGAGGUCCCGCAAGUGCAGUAUAGUCCGCGAAGAGGAUGACGAUGAAGAGACAUCGGUGUGCGGACCGGCGCGUGCGCAGGACUCACGACGCGGCUCUCGCUCUGAAGGACGUCUGCAGUUAGCUAGACCUGCGCAGCUUGCUGAUAAUCUUACUAAGGUGAAUCUAGACGACGGUGUGAAAACCGCUCGUCUUAGUAUAGCACAAGAUACGGUGUCAGUGGUGGAAAGUGCCGCCAGGGCUCCACCGGCACCUCCUCCCGCAAGAAGGCAACGCAUUGAAUGUCGCCGAAGACGACCUCGAACAGGCUCCUGUUCAUCGUCAGACCUCUCUGAUGACGACUCGGAGAAGAAGAAGAGGGCUCCAGAGCACGUGGAACCAUUGGUGGAGCGCCCGCGACGGGACUCCCAUGACGACUCUAGUGAUAGUCAGGAGAGAGGGGCGCGGCCAGCAAGGACGCAUAGCGCACAUGCUACAGGCGGCAGCAGCGUAGAACGUAGCGGGUCAACUAGCGGCGGGGGUGGAAGUGGUGGCAGCGGAGGUGGGGGUGACGCGCGGGGGGGAGGCAACUCGGCCGGUAGACGGCGACGAGCCGCCAGGAAGGAAAGUCGCCUACGAGAGUCGCGGUCUCUUAACCGGAUUGCUGAGGUGGAGGAAGCAAGCGGGGCCAGAUGGGGCGGGGUGGGAUUGGUAGCACUCUGUGGAAGGCCCUUUCUUAGACUUCUUGCAGCAGCAAGGCCUUCCCCGGCCGCUAGACGUCUCCAUGCCCUCUGCUAG